AUGUCUGCACCAGGAGCAACACAACAGCAACAACAAAAUGGACAAUUUCAAGUCCCUACUAGUACUCAAAGAUCACCACUUGCUAGUAAUAUUGCCAACUUUUUGUUUCAGAAUCCAAUCUUGAAACAAAGAACUGGUUUAUUAAACAACACCAGUGAUAUUGAAUUUUUCAGAUUCAAAAGAUUCCAAAGAGCUUUAUUGAGUGAUGAAUAUAAAGAGAAACAAAAAAAUCCAAAGAAUGGUUUGAUACCAAUUAACAAUAUCCAAGAUAUUCAAAAUGUCUUUGUUUUGUUGAUUCAAAAUCAAUUAAUUUUACCUGUUACUAAAUUGCAUUAUGCAGAAAUUAAACAAGUUAAAGGAUGGAAACCAAAUAAGGAAAAGCCUACAUUGAAAAGAGCUGAGAAAGCUGCUAUGGAUCCAAAUGCCUAUUAUGGAUGGUUAUACCAAAAGCCAAAUCCGUUUAUUUUGUUGUAUAGUGUUUUAGCCAUUGCUGGUAUAUUUGCAGUGAUUUUAUUCCCACUUUGGCCAAAUUUUAUGAAAAGAGGCGUUUGGUAUCUUUCGAUGGGUGCACUUGGGUUAAUUGCCUUAUUUUUCUUAACUGCUAUUGUCAGAUUGAUUAUCUAUAUUAUUUCAUUGGUUGCUUUUCCAAAACCAUUUUGGUUGUUCCCUAAUUUGUUCGAGGAUUGUGGUGUCAUUGAAAGUUUCCAACCAGUAUAUGGUUGGGAAGAACCAAAGAAGAAGAAAAGUAAGAAGAAAUCCCCAAAGAAAUCUGAUGGUACUCCUAUUACUGAAGAAAAAGUCGGCUCUAAUGAAACUAAAACUACUGGAAGUGAAGUGUCUAAUAAUUCUACUGCCGGUAAGAGAAAGGUUACUUUAGAAGAAGUCGAAGAAUAA